AUGGAUUUUGAUCCGCUAUCGCUAUUCACACCCAGUGUUAGCAAAGAAGAUUAUAUUGAAACCAAUAAUACAUGCGAUGUAAACCAUAAUACCUAUUCAGAUAAUAAAAUAUUGGUUGACUUUGAAGACAAUAAUUUUCAACCAGUACAUGUACUUGAUUUGCCAUUAUUACAGAUGAAGCCACCGGCAGAAGUUCUCCUAACCUUUUUGAAAUUAUUGUCUCCCGAAGAAGUUUACAAUUUUACUAAACCGGAGAGUGUUAAUGAUGAAGAUAAGGAAAUCGAUACGAGGAAAACCUUCGAAAAUAAAGAAAUCACAGAGGAAUUAUUAGAUGCUGCAUUGGAAUGGCUAAUAAACUUCUGUCCUAGAUUCAACAACAAGUUAAAGCUAUCCUAUUUACCAUAUUUAAGUGCAUCACUAAAAAAAAACUAUGAAAGUCAAUAUAACGCAUGGCUAACACGAAUUAUUUCUAGUGAAUUACCCUGGGUUACCGAUCCUGAGCUUAAAAGAAUCAUUAGUAAAGAAGCAUCUUUAAGACUAGCAGAAAAUUGUGGACGUACGGCACAACCAGAAAUCAUUAGAAAAAUUGCAUUACCUAACCUUUCAAAGUAUUUGAAAGGAACUGAAUACAUUAAGCUCAAAGAGCCAUCUUUGACAAACGAUAAUCUCGGUUUGAAGACUUGGGGAUCAUCAUUGAUUUUAGCAAACAGAUUAAUUAAUAAAAAUAAAUCAGGCGAAGAAUAUUUAGCUGGCCCAGUAUUGGAAUUGGGAUCUGGUACUGGAUUAGUCGGAAUCGUUAGUUCUAUAUUAGGUUAUGAGACGUAUCUAACCGAUUUAAUAGAGAUAGUCCCCAAUCUUCAGGAUAAUGUGCAAUUAAAUGAUAUCAAUGCUAAUGUUGACGAGUUAAAUUGGUGUGAUCCUUCGAGUUUCACAUUAAAAUAUGGAAACGAUAAGAAGUUUAAUACCAUUGUUUUGAGUGACCCAAUAUAUUCUUCCAAACACCCAUACUGGGUUGUAGAUAUGGUAGAAAAAUUCAUAAAUUGUAAAAAUGCUAAUUCAAGAGUUUUAAUUCAAAUUCCAUUACGUCCAACAUUUGAAGACGAGAGAAGUUUAUUAUGGGAAUUAAUGAACAAGAAUUUCUUAGAGAUUGAACAUGAAAUUGAAAGUGGAUUCGAUGAUUUCGGAGAAAUGGGAUUUUGUUUUAAAAAAUUCAUUAGAAAAACGUCUAUAUAA